GAAACUCGAUAAACUCAUCCCCGUUCCUGAAAUCAAUAUGGCAACACGAAUUCCAUGUUUCCACGUUCGUCGCGUCGCCGCCGAUCAAUUCGCUACCGCGAAAAUCCAACAGAGUCGUAGACAAUUAUGACGUCUACUUACCUCUGCGCGAAAGGUAGGGGCAUAAAUUAUUCAUCGCUGGGAAGAUUAUUAGAUUGGUCGAGCGCCAGGAGUGUCUAACCGUUGUUAGAAGAAAGAAGAGGAGCGGGGGGAGUGAAAGGGGUAAGGACGACGUUAGUUACGUCGUCCGCGUAGCAAUGGUUCAGCCGAGCGAAGUAACCGAAUUCUCGUUGACACGUGCGUCGCCAUACAUAGUAGCGGAGGAACACGCCAAAUGGACCAUCGGGAGCAAAUAACUCGAUUUGCUCGGUGUACGCGUACUUGACUGGUUGGAAAGCGAGCCGAGCCGAGCCGGAACAGAGGAGACGAGUCCAGGGUUCCGAGCAGGGUGGGUGAAGGAAGAGAGAGCGACGGGGUGGUAAAGAGGGAGACGAAGCGGAAUCAGAGUGGAAGGAAGCGCGGAAGCAAGGAAGUUAUCGAGGCGGUAGUGUCACCAUAGUCGUAGAGAGGUGCCCAGUUGUCGAGCAAACUAGCGGAGCCAGUCAGGCAAACAGCUCGGCCGAGCCAGGCUAGCCGGCCAGCCAGCCAGUCAGCCAACCAGCCAGUAAGCGAACCAGCGAGUUCUUGUUUUAUUCAGUCGGGAUCAUAAAUUACGAAUUUAAACACACAAUGAAAGACGCUUAACAAGAAGCUAACGCGAGAUUGAGAGGCCCCGCCCGGAACACCUCUUCUUCCGGAGGAACGAGCGGUGCACGUCCAAUCCGGUACCAGAACCGCCCUUCACGGACCAGACUACCCACGGUUUCCACGCCAAUCCGCAGCCUCCGACGCCGGAACAGCCGCCCGGGGCCGACCUAUCCGCGUCCCGCUCCGUGAAUUUCUCUGCCGGCGAACCCAAACCCGAAUCUAACCCCGACCAUGCCAUCUCGAGGUGUAAGCCGCCACGGACUCGCCGCCACCCGAUGCACCCCAGUCGCAUACCACUUGCCGAGCCGUGUCCCUCGGCCACCCCUCAUUAUAGUAUAGUGUCAUCCGCGACAUCACCUUCACGGACGCGAGGUGCCCGCGUCCUCUAUUUGCCCGUUUCAAGGAUCUCACAGGAUUAUUCAGUUUCGUCGAUAAAACACAGGGACAAUUUGUGACCGUACCAUGCCGCCUUACCUGAGUGCACGGUACUGACUUUCAAACGGGAACGAGAAUCGGGAAUGUAAAAUUCGUAAACGCGAUGGAUAGUGAUCGACAGUGAACCCUAAGUAACCCGGUACCCAGGUCCGAGUGAGUGACCAGUGUCUUACCAGUGGUGUGGCUCAGUGAACGAUUCCGGAUCCUCCUGUCCCGGUCGAGAUUUUCCGUUCAUUGCCGAACUAUGCGUGGUGCGAGAUGGUGUGUUCUCUGACCAACAACACCAACAAUAACAAUAAUAAUAGUAAAAGCUGCAACGAUACCGGUGGCGAGGCCUGCUCGGACUUGCAGUUGCAAUUGCGAUCCAGCCCGGAGACGCAGCCAGGGGAGAACAUGUCGUCGCUGAGCGACGCUCACAGGCGGAACAGCCACUUGGAGGGCGACCGAAGUUCGUCGGCAGGCUCUUCUCUCGGCUCGUGUUCGCCACCCCCGACGUCCAGCCACUCGCCACCGCCGCCGAGGCCACCUUGGUUGCACGACUUCCACGCCGCUGCAGCCCCUCACGUUCUCCAAUUCCUGAAUCUGAGCGCGGCCGGUGGUAGCAUGCUCGCGAGUCAACCACUGGCCGCUCUUCACUCGAUGGCCGAGAGAAGCCACCAUCAGCAGCAGCAACAGCAACAGCAGCAGCAUCAACAGCAGCAGCAGCAACAGCAGCAGCAACAGGCUCACCAUCAGCAGCAACAAGGAAUCCAGCUGCCUAGGAUCAGCGUACCUUUGUCUACUAUUACUCAGGGACAGAGUUCACCGACUGGAAGCGGGAAACACAGUCCCGCGACGUCCAUCACCUCCGUCGGCAACAAUCCUCACGGUAUCGACACGAUACUGUCGCGGCCGGCGGCGACGCAUCCUCAGGCGCCCGUCUCGGCGACGCACGCCGCGUUGCAACCGACGCCGCAUCCUCAGCACAUGACGGCUUCGCGGUACGGAAUGCACGCCGGCUUCACUGCAUCCUCCGGUAUCGGACAAUUCCAACAAAGAACGGAACCACGGCAUCCUGCUGUCUAUUGGCCGGGUCUUCAGGGAUUAGUCAGCGAUCCCCUGGCAUGGCGAGCGAGGCUGCACACACUGUCGCAACAGCUGGGUUGUCAGCAGACGAUGGCAGGGACCGGCGGAACCGGGGAACACGAGAGCGGCAAGAAGAAGCAUACCAGGCCGACGUUCAGCGGGCAGCAAAUAUUCGCCCUCGAGAAAACGUUCGAGCAAACGAAAUACCUGGCGGGCCCGGAGCGUGCUAAAUUGGCCUACGCCCUCGGCAUGUCCGAGUCUCAAGUCAAGGUAUGGUUCCAAAACAGGCGGACGAAAUGGCGGAAAAAGCACGCGGCCGAGAUGGCAACGGCCAAGAGACGGCAGGAAGAGGUCGAAGGAGUCGUCGCCGAGGGUGAGGACGGAUGCAGCGACGCGGAAGCCGAGGGAAACAGCGAGACCGCCGCCAAGAGGCUCAGAAGGGAGCUCGAGCAGCAGUACAGGCAUUAAAAAUCGGUACUGAAAGGACAAUACUCGUGCGAACAAGUGAACGAGUGCGCGAUGGGAAGAAUUGUUACGAACGAGAAAUAUCAUCCCGGUUUCAGUAGGUAGAAUUAUUCGUUGUCUAAAUGCCGCCAAGACUGACGACUGGAUGGAACGAUUGCUAUAAUUUAUGUCUGUAUGAACGAAGUCCGCUGUUGCGCCGUUGAAACGUGUUAACUUGUAACAGGAAUCAGAAAUUGGAGAAUCAUGUAUACGACUUAAUUAUUCAGAUAUUAACCAAAGAUUGAUAUGUACUCGUCGGAGGGGAGACGAGUUCGUUCGUUGAUUAGUUGACGAGGUAAUGAGUUUCAGCGGCGCAACGGCGAGAUUCGCACUUCCGUUCUCGCGUUAAAAGAACCUUGAAAGAGGAGAACGCCCGUUUUUCUUUCAGUUCCGAGAUUCCAACGUUCACAGAGCCCUACCGUAAUUUGUAUAUAUUUGUACUAAGAAUACUCGCAUAAUGGAACGACCGCGCGCAGUCCGUACGUUAACGAGAUUACAAGCAAAAUUAUAAUAUUGUAACUGGACAGUAAUUAUACGUAUGCAAUUAUUUGCAGGAUCUUGAUGUUACAGAGAAAAUUGCAAUCCGGAACCGUUCAGACAGGGAACGUACUCUGAAUCUUUAUUUAAUUUAAUUCUAUUCUAGUCAUACGCGUGUCUAAUUUGGAAAACGAAUUAUCCGCUGAAGUAACGAAGUCGACGAGCAUCGAUCGGUCCUGCAAGUAAUUAAUUAUAAUAAAAGAAACGCCGCUAAGCACGUAUUCGGUCGAACGACUCGUGUAUAGUAAAUGUAUGCUGAAUAUCAGACAACCCAUUAACUACAUCGCCGCUAUGAUUACAAGUAUAUAAAUAUUCGAGUAAAUUAAACGCAAGACGAACGAGGAUGGAACGAUAUUCAACUGAGGAAAAAAUUGUCUGUGUCCCCCGGUGAACUGACGCGUCGACGAACGAGUAAACCGAUUGAAAUUUUGUAUAUUCUGUAGAUACGAUAAACGUGAAUGUGAUAUUUAACGUAUUUAAUGAAAAGAGUAGGUAUUCCCUGUUAAACUCGAGAAAAUGGCAAGCAAAACGAAUUAUGAGCGUAAGCACACACACACACACACACACACACACGUAUAAAUAUUAAAUAUGUACGUAUAAUCGCAGGAAACGUGGCUAGGAGCAAAGGACCAGAAGUCGCGGACUUCUACGAGUUUCGGUGUGUCUGUACGGUUGAUUUUAAUUAAAAAGUUGGGAACGGUGGGUGGAGUGCGAUCAAAACGCGGGUAUAUUAGUUUUACUCGAGCAUUCGACGUGUUACUGUACAGUAUUUAGAUAAAUUGCUAAGCGAACGAGGUAGAGACAAUCUGUAUAAAGUAUUGUAUAAAUUAUACAUACGUGUUAUCUAUCGCUUGUGUAUUAUAUCUCCAAUUUAAUAAAUGGAACACGUA